AUGAACCCGCAACCUGAAAAUGAAAAUGCACAGCGCCCGCCUGAUCGCGGAUCACACAAAGAACCAUCGAGAGAAAGCUUAGUGCAAUCGCAACCGGAGAGUCAGCUGCGCGCAACCAGCAACUCAUCGAAGAGGGGCUCAAAAAUUCCUAUAGCCCAAACUGAAACGAGAGCUCUUGGGUUACGCGAUAGAAAAGCUCUUAGGCCGUCACUGGUUCCAGAUGCAAGCCUAAGGCUGGACAUAAACUCACCAAGCAGGCGAUCAAGUGGUCUUCAGGCGUUUGCAGCCCCUCCGAGGCGAGUCUCGAGGAGAAUCCUUCCUUCAGACCUGUCAUUCAAGUCUCCGAUAGUGACACAGGGGAACAAAUUGGAUCGUGGACUACCAGAUAGUCCGGACGACCAAUUAGCAUCUGAAUUGAGUAACGCAACGGGCGAAGCCAAUUCACAUGCAGACUUGCAUGAAGGGCUCGAAGAACCUGAUCUCCCCCCAACCCCAGCGCAAUUAGGCCUAGAAAGACCCCCCGCACGUCCAAAAGGGCUACUGAGCAGUAGUCCGACUAUGCAACAUGGCAACUGGGGGAAACGACGGACCACUAACCAUCUAGAACAGAGCCCCUCUAGGCUUAGGAAUGUUCAUUAUGGAGAAGGAGACGAAGACCUACUGGAAUCUGACCCAAAUAUGGCUCAAGGACUAUUUCCAGAGCCCGUUCUGAAAAAGCGGCGAUUGACAAUGCAACUUGCCACAGAGAUAAAAAAACUUAGCGAUGACAUUGUUGAGUUGGAGAAUUGGUCAAAGAGCUUAAGUUACAAUGUCGAUGAUACAGAACUAGAUAUGGGCAAACUUAUGUCAAUAUUGUGUGAAGAUCCCAAUAGGGCAACGCCUGCAAAGCCGGGCCCAUAUGAUAUGUCUAUAUCUUCUUUAAUCUCCACGUUGCUUCCGUUUUCUACGAAGUGUUCUCCAGUAACUUCAGAGGAGCAUCCUCCGCCGAAUCCUUUUGCCCUCGAUACACUUUCUCAAGCUGAGCCAUAUCUAACAAUAUUCGCCCCAUUGAAACUCAAAUCAUAUUCAAAUACUUACUGCGGUUUGGACCCAGACAAGCACUUGGAGAAACAUACCUUGGAACUAUCUACACCGCGGCCCUUUCCUUCUAGACACCUCCACUUAGCCAUCAACUACGAAACGGAUCCAGAAACGCAGUCUGUACUCUCCAUAUCGGUGCCAAUGGCUAUUGACAACAAAGUACCGGUAUCUUUGCGCCAGUGGAUCGAAUCAAGGCUAGCGAACCCACUCUUGAAGUUGGAUGUAUCGGGUCUAUGUUGGGGCAUACAACGGUACUGGGAAGCCUCAAUAUCACGUGCUAAACUAUGGUCGCGGCUAGAAGGACAAUAUCGAGGACUGAUCAGAAGUCGUGGAACAACCAGUGAUACUGAUAAAUUGGAUGACUUCCUAGACCCCGAUGUGCCCACUCUCUCAAGUAUAAAUCCACGGAAAAUACUACCACACCUUGAGCGUACAUCUAUGCUAUUCGAGUCCGGAGGUGGAGAGUCUUUACGAGCCUACUUUUCAUGCGAACUAGCAAUCGAUGAAUGGGCAGGUGAGCCCAGGUUGGUCCCGGGGAUCAGUGUGUCUGCACCGUCCAUGAUGAAUGGCAGGUCGGGAAGCAAGGUGGAACAAGAUGUCAAAAGACUAUUUCACACAAUUUUGAACGAGAAACAGAGCGGGCGAAUAGGCACAGACGUUGAUAUCAAUGCAGAUGCGAUAGUACAUGCUGCUGAACAUAUUCUGGGUGUCUUAUUCUUUGAUGAGCCCGAAAAACAUUCUUUCAAAGUGAAGGCAAAAAAGUGA